AAAUCAAAAUAAUCAUCGAAAUGUUUGAGAUUAUUGUAGAACGUUUAAAAACAGUCGAAUUUUGGCGCAUUAUCGAAAUUUUCCGAACAUACACGAGGCCUCAUCUCGUAGUAGUAUUCGUGAACCGAAGUUAACCGAGGAGGUCGGGAGCGACGGACCUCGUAUGACGUAACGUUGGUAGCACUGCGUAAUCGCUUGUGUAUCUUUGCCCCGUCGCGUCGUCUGCAUUAAAGGGGCAAGUGACAGGUCUGGAGCUAUAUCGUUGACACUCGUGGGUGCGUAAGUACGUAAAACGGCGUCGGCCUCGGGGAAGGAGGAGUCGUCGAAUGAGAAUCAAAUAGCAAGUUCUAAGAGACAUUAAAGGGUUUCUCAUAUUACCGAAAAAGGGCGUUAUCUUGAAUAAGAUUUAAAAAAAAAGGGAAAAAAGAAAAAAAAGAUAAAAAUAAGGGACUGGGGAUAAUAGAAAAAGGGACUUAACCGGAACAAAAGAAAUACGGGGGAAUAGAGUGUCGUAGUAGAAUCGCAGUAGUGUGAGAACAAGUAGGAACUUGUUAAGAGAAGAUUAUCCGUAAAUACGGAGAAAAGGACGGGACGGAUGCUAAGGAGGAGAAGAAUUCUGAAUGAUUGGUGACGAUUCUUAAACGAUUUAAGAAAGUAAUCGAGUCUCGGUAUUAAACAUAAUAAUUCUCUUAUAUAGAAAUAUAGAAAAAGAGUGUGAGAAAGAAAGAGAGAGAGAGAGAGGGAGAGAGAGAGUGUGAAAAAAGAUUCCGCGUAAACGAAAACGCGUUGAACGUUUUUGUAUUCCUAGCGGUGCUUCGGUUCGACGACAACGACGAUCUAGAUUAGGACGACAAAUACUUAUAUAUCAGGGAGAGAGGCAAUAAUGUCGUAUCAACAUUUUUGGGAUAGAAAAGGUACUUGAAUGAAGUGGAUGUUCAAAAAGAAAGAGACAGCAAUGUUGUGUUGCACCAAUCCCGUAUGGAUCGAGGAUAAAUAUAAACGAAGAUAUUAAUAAUAAAUACAAACGGGAAAAGAGAUAAAUCUCUAGAGUUUUGUUUCUUUUCUUUUUUUUUUUAUAAGAAAAAUAUACAAAAGUGAUUUAUGAAAGACUAUUAAUAAAUUGUAGCGCAGUAUUAAUUGUUCGUUAAUCGGACGAUACUCGUUGAAAAAAAGACUAUUUGAAAAAUAAUAGUAAUCCAAAGUGUUAGGAGAAAGUGGAACGCGCGACAGUAGAGGGACAAAAGAGGAUUCGGCAUGUUCUGUGCCGGUGUCAAAAGUUGGCUCGAAACAUUGGGCGGGGAGGUGGUGGAGGCGGAGGAGAAAGAGGAAGAGAAAAAGGAAAAGAAGGAAACAGUGAGGGAAGAAGAGGUGAAUGUGAAGGUGGUUAAGAAGGUGGUGCUAGUGUUGGAGGAGGAAGAGGUGGAGAAGGAGGAGGAGGUAUGGAAGCUGAAACCGGUCGAGCGUCGUCUCAUCACCAGGGGCUGCAGCUCACCCUGCCAUCCCCGGGAAUCUCCGGAUUGGACGUCGUGAGAGCUCUGCAUCAGACGGUUAUAUCAUUGCGAUCCGCAUUGGAUUCAUCGCGCGAAGAACUACGUCGAUUGAAGGAAAGCGUUGGUGAAUUUUCCGAGGAAAAAUACGUCGAGGUGGUUGAAAGGUUAGCCCUGGAGAACCACGUUCUAAGACGUAAGAUCCUUAGCAGAAGUACCGACUUUUCCAACGAUGCUGCUACGAGUCCACAGCCGCCGUCGCACCAGCCUCGUUUCGUUCCACUUCAAGUAGAAGACCCUACCGAGCAAUCAUCAUCAGCAGCAGCAGACACGGCUAGCGCCACGAUGGAUGCGUCAGGGAAUAAAAUUGUCGUCGACGAGACGUCAGAAACGAUCAGAACGAGUGCGACCCGGCGAAGUAUCGGUAGCUCCAGUUUUGAAAUUCAAACUGGUAGUGCAUCGGUAAUACGCCGUGCUCGUCCUGAGUUUCCAUCCUUAUCAUCGGAAACAAUAACUCAACAACAACAACAACAACAAAUAGAAGAACAACAUCAACAGCAUUCCUCAAGGGAUGGAAUACAAUCUAGAUGUAGUCUAGGUCAGGAAGAGUCCGGUACCAGUCGUUUAAUAUCAGUGCUGUCUAAAGAGAGUCAAGAAGAUAUUUGCGAGGAUGAUGUUCAGGACGAUGGUCAGGACGAUAACGAUGGUUCUGUUGUAAUAGAUCGUCUUGAUUUACCGGAAAAAGAUAGUGAAGAUUUGAGCCUUAGAUCUGUUUCCGACGGUGAUAAUUCUGUCUUCAGUGAUAAUCCUGAACCACAGUCGCCGCCGCAGCAAAGAUCUGUGCAACAACAAAGUCAACAACAGCAACAUCAGCAACAACAACAACAGCAACAACAGCAACAGCAGCAACAUCAGCAUAGGCAACAGAGUCAAUCGGGUGAACAAGGGAAAUUAAAUGAUCAAUCUGAAAAUGAUUCUGAGGAACUCGAUGACAUAGAGUUAAUAUUUACGACAGAUGAUACGUGUAGGGAUUUAGGACUUCAAGAAGAUCUCGUUUCCAUAACAGAAACUGAUGCUUGGCAGCAACCAAAUCCCGCUGGGCAACCGGCACUUCUAAAAUAUACCAAAUCUUCCGAAGGAGAGUCUCUUGUUUGUAACGGUGAUAAGACCAGCUCUGUUGAAGAAGCAGUCUCAUCUCAAAGCUCCAGUAUCGAUCGGGAAGAAAGCGUCGAUCGAUUUGACGAGAGUUCUAGUACCAGACUAAACAAGAUGUGGUCUCAAUGUUCCGUUCUUGUUGAAACUGACAUCAGCAAGUGUGGUGUACUGGAGGAACCUGAACAUUCAACUAGGCAUGCAACUAGAAGAAACACUUUGGCUGCACCUCCGACUGCUUACAGGCCAAUAAUACAUCGGGAAGCUUUGGCUGGUGGUAGAAGAAAAAGUUCAGCACCUCUUCGUCCUGUAAUGGAUCGUAGUAGUGGUGCCAAACGUGAGUCAGGAGCACAAACCGACAUUUCGGCCCUCCCGGCACAAUGGCGUUCGGAAAGUUAUCUCGCACAUAAAGUGGCUCACACGUUUACAACGCUUCCAAGUAAAUUCGCAUUGCCGACUGGUGUAUCCGGAAGGCUAAGGUUGUCUGACAAGACACGCGAAGCAAGACGAGUUUUACUCUCGGACAUCAGUUUCACCAGCAUGGUACCAGAAUUGUCAAGAAGUGCUGAUCAUCUUUGUCACGAUCCUCAUGCACAGAAAAAUAUCAACGUGUUCCAGACUUGUUUAGGAUCUCGAGGAUGUGGACACCGUACACCGGAAGUACAUCGUCGCGAAUCUUUAGGAUCACCAGCAGGUUAUUGGCCUCGUUGUAAUCUAGGAACGACUUUACCAAGUCCUUGCGAUUGUCGUUUGUCGGCUGAUCUCUAUUCCUCGAGGUACCGAGGUUCCUUGAGCUCGAUACCAUCGCCAGGAUUAGAAGUCGUCAGUGGUCCACCAAGGAGACACUCUUGGAGAACAACAGCAACUUCUUUCGAUGCAUGGAGAGUUCCUGUUGCUACUUCUACACCUAGACCAACUUGGUCAUCUAUGCCAUCUUCUCCAACUCAUGUUCAUCCUCCUGCAACUUCGAGAUCAUCGAAGAAUGUACCAAAGAGAACACGCUCGAAAGUCACUUUUCAAGAGUGUCCAAUGACGCGUGGCAGUUUACCUAACUUGCGCUCAGACAUAGUAGGUGCCGGUGACAAUAGCGGAGAUUCAACGGAAUCUCUGAUAGACGAGGCGGAGGAUUAUUUGCGUCGAAGUAUUGAUUCUAUGCUGACCAUUUCGAGUACCAGUGCUAGUACGGAUUAUUGGAACAGACAAAUAGCAGCCAGGAGGAGAAGAACUCGAAGGCACUCCGAACCUGAUCUUGCACGCGAAUGGACUCCCCCUCAGGAUGCGAGACCCUACCUGCCAAAGAUACCAAGAGAUCUGAAAUUAGAUCAUCUUGUCAAAGUAAUAUCACCGGAAGGAAGAGUCCUUCAAGGUCGUGUCCGAUACGUUGGUCCAGUUCCUGGUCGAGAGGAUUCUCAUGUUGGUGUUGAAUUACCAAACGUCACUGGUUCCUCCGAUGGCACAUUUCAUGGUAGAAGAUUUUUCGAUUGUGAACCAGAUCGUGCGAUUUUCGUACCGUUUAAAAAGGUGGUCUUGGCUUGGUGUAACGCCUGACCCGAUGUGUUCACCCCCAAAGUAACACCGAAAAUUUUACUAUCACAAUAUACAAUGUAAAUGUGGAUAAAACGGUAUGUACGUAGA